CUUUCGAGUGUGAAGCCGCAUCCUCGCCAAACAUGACACAAUAACGUCGAACAAUAAAAUCUGUUCAUUAUGAGGGUAUGUUUAGGCAGGAACCAGCAAACUUUCAACACUUUAAUAUAAUAUAAAAUAAACAGACAACAAAAUGUAAGUAAAAUCGGCAGCCCCUCACGGACGACUGCCGCACACACAUAAACAAAACUUAACAUAAAUAGUCCAGGUCUGGUCCUCUCUCGUCCUUCACUGCCGUCACUUCCCCUUUUAUGUUCCCGGAGCUCCUCCGUGAGUAACCCGAGACUGGUGUGGCACACAGCUGAUGCUCAUUAACACUUGCGCCACCGGUUUCGCCCCGUUCUCAUGGCCCUCUACCUCGUCCUGCUUGCCACAAUACUAAAAGUGGGAAAAGUUUUUCCUUCGAGUUUUUGAUGACAACAUUCUCAGAACGAUCCCGCACACACGGAUCAUUGAAAACAAUUAAAAACACUGUAUUCUGCUUGCCAGGUCAAUAGUUGGCGAUGAACACCGUUGAAUGAAUUGCCAUUCAUCUUCCUAGCGUUAUUCUCGCUCAUUUGCAGGGUCCGCUUCUCACACACAUUUUAUUUGGCACUGGUUUACGCCGGAUGCCCUUCCUGACACAACCCAGCACAGAGAGUGCUGGUAGACAUUCACUCUCCUACGACAAUUUGACACAUCCAAUCCACCUAACCUGCAUGUCUUUGGACGAGUGUUGUCAAAAAUAUCGGUAUUUUGAUAUGUAUUGAUUCUGAAAUAUCUGAAAUGAUUCCAAUACCUCUUUCUGCAUCCAAUACUAGGGCUGUCGCGGUUAAGGAAUUUCCUUUGCGGUAUUUUUGAGUGGCUCAAUAGCGCGAUAUGCGGUAUUAUCGCCAUAUAUAUAUAUAUAUAUAUAUAUAUAUAAAAUAUAUAUUACAUAAUAUCGAAACUAAAUAGAGCGUUGAAACAGGAAGUGAAGUAAACAGAACAGAAUGUCAAAAUAAGGGUCUUACAUACAGAACAUAAACCUGACAAUAAGAUCGUAGGGCUAUUGUUAUAUGUAAAAUAGUUCUCGAAUCUGACUAAACGAGACUUUCUGCUGAUAUUUCACGAGUAUAAGCAGAACUACUCAUCUCUGUGCAUUCUAGAUGGGCUGUCAGUCAGUGCAGUUACAUUGUUGCGCCAAAAGGUGGCGGCAAGGGACUGUCUUUGAGUCUUUAAACCAUUCAUUCAACCGCACGUUCAAAAACGCUGAUUCGUUCAAAGAGAGAUGUAAAGAAACAAGCUGUUGAAAUAAUUUGACUAGUAAUACAUCGAUGCAAAGGCAGAGAUUUUGCUAUCUUUGGACACAACCUUUUUUCACGAAUGUCUCGGCCUGAAGGACAGACGCAGGUAAUCGCACGCGCUCAGUCAAUCUCUCUCACAUUCUGAUUAGGCUUGUUUAGUGCAAAUCUGUACAAAUCACGAUGGUACACAUUAAGCUAUCAUUAUUAACUUAUUUAAUAUUUAGUACACAUGCAUGAAGUGUAAAACGAGAAGGACAUAAUCUUUCAAAAAAUAGAAAACAAAUAUCGCGGUUGCUGCGGUUUUUGCAGUCCUCUGCGGUUGGCUUGUCAAUAGCGCGGUAUUACGAUAUUGCGGUUAUCGCGACAGCCCUAUCCAAUACCAGAUGCGCUUUCUUGCGCUCCUCUCUGACACGCACCUACCUCCUCUCAUUCAGUCAUCUCAUUCACUCUGGUUAAAUAGUGUUGGUGUGACCGGGUCUGAAUUUCGGUGCGGGAUUGCGCAUAAUUAUACUCACUCCCUCAGAUUUCGCACUCACAUCCGGAGCGCAUACACAUAAUAAAACUACCUCUGACAUACAAGUGUUAAAACUAGCUCUUUUUCACUGCCUUUUAAUGGUCAAAUACACAAUGGCUUCCUUGGUAAACAGUCAUAAACAGUUCAGGAAGAAUGUGUGCGUGCGUCAGUUCUUAAAGGGACAGCAGCCUAAUAAACAUGCCAAUCUUUGUCUUUUGUUGUUUGAUUAAUAUUAACAACAUAAAGAGAAAAUCACUUACUGCUCUUGACUGAUUAACUUGUGUAACUUGUUAAAGGAUUAGUUCACUUUCAAAUUAAAUUUAGCCCAAACUUUACUCACCCUCAAGCCAUCCUAAUCAAUCCUUUGACUUGUGUAAAUUGGUUAUUCUGUAUUUAAUUUUUACAAUGAUUAUCCAGUGUUGUUUUAAAUUUGAUAACUUUGUUUCUUUAUUCAGUUUCUUACCUGGAUACUACUGUUAGACCUACCUGAAGGAAAAAAAACAUGCAAACCCCACACAGAAAGGACUCCUGGCUCAGUUUUUAGUUGAUAAUGGUGUCAAGUAAAAGGCCCCUAAAUCUGUCCUAACCAGCCACAAUGAUUGACAGGACAAAGAAACAUUUAAAUUUGUCACAGUGAAUAAAGUUAAUUUUCAAUACCAGCAGUUUCAACUGUGAGAUUCAGAUCAACUCAAAGAUGGAGUUCCUCCCCAAAGAACCUCAUCUAGAUGUUUUAUUCUUGUAUAUCACUUUGAUAUAAAUGAUAUCAUUAUGCUUCAUUACAAUUUUCAUUUUAUGUUAAAUUUUCUUGAACUGAGUUGAACAAUGACAACAGUUUAUUUUUUGCAGAACUGGUUUAUAGAUGAAAUUAACUAAUUCAAUAAUUAAUGAUCUUUACAUUGGAACUGAAUCAACUCUGAUCUGACUUCAAGCUGAAAUGCAUAAUUUUCCUGUUAUCAAAGCUUCUUUGAAACAAUCUGUAUUGUAUAAAGUGUUAUAUAAAUAAAGGUGACUUGACUUAUGCAUAUGUAUCACUUGUAACUUGUUUACACUUUUAUUGAGGAAAGUAGGUUUAUUUUUAAUUUGUUCUUCUUUGUUGUUUUUAAAACUACAGCAGUCAACAUUUGAAGUGGAUCAAAACCUUUUAUCAAAGUUGUUCUAAAACCUUCUUCUUAGGACAACUUUGAUUAACUUUUUUGUUCCAAUUCAAAUGUUGACUACUAUAAUUUCAAACCCUUUCAUAGUUUCACCCUACACUGCGUCGCUGACGCUAUGGGAACACCUUCGGUGUGAUGAUUGUCUGAAGCCCUAAUACCAUCAUGUCAAUACAGUGGUGCGGGUAUGACGUCAGAAUACGGAAGACUGAUUUGCUGGUUCCUUCAAGAUUUUACUAUGGGGUUUUAUAAUCGGGUUUUUCAAUUCAUGAGUAAAAUAAGGUCUGUAGUAAACAACUUGAUAUUUUGACAUUUUGUUCUACAAAGUAAACGCAAAUUGUUUAUUUUUGAAAAUGUAGGUUUCUAAUAAGUAAGUUGAUAAGAACGUUUGGGGUGUGAGUGUGUGCAGUUUACGUUGUAGAACAAAAUGUCAAAGUAUUGUCAAGUUAAACGUAUACCACAGUCUUCCAGGUUCUGAUAUUGUACCUGCACUACUCGAUUCAUUAGCGCUUUGGCAAAUAUCUAACAGUAUAAUUCAUUUUGCUUCAUGAUAUAAAUUAUAUUAUGCAUUAUUAGGAGUUUCAUUUUAUGUUCAAUUAUCUUAUAAUAUGUAUCAUUUGUAGUUUGUUUACACUUUUAUGAAGGAAAGUAGAAGGUUUUUACAGGUUCAAACGGUCCUUGUUCAGGAAGCUGAAGAAGAUUCUGAUUUAUUUUUAACUUGAUCUUCAUUGUUUAUAAAAUCCCACUUAUUGUGUAUUUAGAAAAUGCAGAUGUAAGAUAUACUGUCAUGUAGCUUUUCAACUGGCCUUCACUUUUAUUCUCUUGAGAUGCUUUGCUAUCUUGAUAGUUAAUAAAGAGAGAUCUGCCUCAUUUGUUUCUACGUUUUGUUUUUGCAUCAUGAAGUAUUAAAUUCACUGUCUGCUGAUUCUUCUCACAUCAAGAAUAAAUCAUUUUAGUUACAUCUAAAAGCAUGAAAUACCUUUUGAUAUGUUUUUUAAAUAGAUUUUUGCUAUUUUACACAGUAUUUGGUGAAUUUUUUAUCUCCUGUUUGAUAAUCUCAUCUUGUGGAGAUAACGUCAUCACUAGCGCACGCUCCCUUCAGUGUCAAGUCUUCUUACUGCUAUUUUUUUCUGUCUCAUUUGAUAAAUAAUAGUAAUAUUAGUACAUUAAUAUAUACAUUUGGAGGACAAGAAUGUGGACUUUGUUAUAAAUUGUCUAUUGAUUAUAUUCAAAUAUUUUAUUCACAAAUAUAAAGUGUUAAGAACUGCACCCAGUGUAUUGGAUCCAAUAUACAGAGGAAUUAUCUCUGUACAUUGAUGCUUAAAAAAUUGAGAAAACUUGCAAUGCCAGGAUACUAUUUGAACUGUUUAAACAGUAUGAAUUUGUUUAAUACCCUACAGUGUAUUUUCUUUUUUUCUUUUUUUUUUUUCUUUCUUUUAAUCGUAUCUGGUUUGUUGUUUCUUGUUAGUGCAAUAAGUGUUGUCAUCUUAGUCUUUUAAAGUUAUUCAUUUUCAUUUAUGUUGGCCUGUAAUGUUCUGUGGAUAUUUUGAAUGCUAAUAAUAAUAAUAAUAAAUAGAUUAAAAAAAAAAAAAGUCUAACAAGUCUUAAGUCUAUAUUUGCGGCACACCCGAUUUCGAUGACGUCAUCACUAGCGCGCGCGCUCCCUGAGUUCAGACUGCAUCGUCUUCUGAGGUAAACAGUUCACGCUGUUUCGCAUAUCUCUAAAAUAAACUUUACACCGUUUGUUUCAGCAACAUUUUUAAUGUGUCGUUUCUGAAUGGUUUUCAACCGAUUCGACGCUAUUCGUGUAUCUGCUAACUGAAGCUAUUUUAAAGAAGAAGGUUUUUGCCUGUUUCUCUUCACAAAACGGUAACGUUAGACUUAAGCAAACGAAACAAUCAGUUAUUGUGACAUCUACAAGAUAUAGAUCUGCUCCUCCUCCUUCAGUGAAGCUCCUCCCACUGCAAUUCACCAAUAAAUGCUGGAAUAUUCCCAUCAGCCUACAAGUGAAGACGAGCAUCAAACCAUCAGGAAGAGCUGAAAUCUGCAAAGACAGAGUUUAUUGAAGAACAUGAGAGAUCCAGAAGACUGCAGAAUGAAACACACUGAAGAACAAAGAGACUUGAUGAAAGAAAAUGAGGAGAAUGAGGGGGUUUGUGAAGAGGAGGAGAAACAUCAUGUCAAAACUGCAGGAGAAACUUUGAGUCGCUCUCAAACUGAAAAGAAAGUUUCAAAGGAAAGAAGAUCCCAGAAAUCUUUCACCUGCGCUCAGUGUGGAAAGAGUUUGACAUGCAAAUAUAAUCUUGAUGUUCACGUGAGAGUUCAUUCUGGAGAGAAACCGUUCACAUGUGAUCAGUGUGGCAAAACUUUUCUGAGGGCUUCAGGCUUGAAGAUCCACAAGACAGUUCAUUCAAAGGAGAAACCACAUUCAUGUUCUUUGUGUGGAAAGAGAUUUUCACAUCUGCAAAGUUUAAAAGACCAUCAGAAAAUACAUACUGGUGUAAGAGCUCAUAUGUGCUUUGAGUGUGGGAAGACAUUUAUUACAGCUAAAGACCUGAAACGGCACCAGAGGAUUCACACUGGAGAGAAACCUUACAAGUGUUCACACUGCGACAAGAGAUUCAAUGAUUCAGGAAACCUGAAAAACCAUGAGAUGAUUCACACUGGAGAGAAACCUUAUACGUGUUCACACUGUGACAGGAGUUUCACUCAUUCAGGAACCCUGAAAAAACACGAGAGGAUUCACACUGGAGAGAAACCAUACAAGUGUUCGCACUGCGACAAGAGAUUCAGUCAGUCAGCACAUUUGAAGAAACAUGAGAUGAUUCACACUGGAGAGAAACCGCAUCACUGCACUGCAUGUGGGAAGAGUUUCACUCGAUUGUCUUCUCUACAGUGUCAUACAAAUUACAACCACAACUUGAUUGAAGAAAAUGAGGAGAAUGAAGAACUGAGUGAAGAGGAGAAACAUCAUGUCAAAACUGUAGGAGAACCUUUGAGUCCCUAUCAAACUGAAAAGAAAGUUUCAAAGGAAAGAAUAUCCCAGAAAUAUUUCACCUGCACUCAGUGUGGAAAGAGUCUGACAUGCAAAUAUAAUCUUGCGGUUCACAUGAGAAUUCAUACAGGAGAGAAGCCAUUCACUUGUGAUCAAUGCGGGAAGAGUUUCACACAAUCAGCAAACCUCAAGGAACACAUGAGGAUCCACACUGGAGAGAAGCUUCACACGUGUGAUCAGUGUGGGAAGAGUUUCACACACAAAGACACCCUUAAGCAACACAUGAACAUCCACACUAGAGAGAAUCUGCAUGAAUGUGAUCAAUGUGGCAAAACAUUUUUGUGGGCUUCAAGCCUGAAGAUCCACCUGAAAGUUCAUUUGAAGGAGAAACCGCAUGUAUGUUCUUUGUGUGGAAAGAGUUUUUCACAUCUGUACAGUUUAAAAAAACAUCAGAAAAUACAUACUGGUGUAAGAGAACAUAUGUGCUUUGAGUGUGGGAAGACUUUUAUUACAGCUGGACAUUUGAAACAGCACCAGAGGAUUCACACUGGAGAGAAACCUUACAAGUGUUCACACUGCGACAAGAGAUUCAGUCGGUCAGGACAUCUGAAAACACAUGAGAUGAUCCACACUGGACAGAAUCCUUACAAGUGUUCACACUGUGAAAAGGGAUUCAGAUGGUCAGGAACCCUUAUAAAACAUGAGAGGAUCCACACUGGAGAGAAACCUUACAAGUGUUCACGCUGCAACAAGAGAUUCAGUCAGUCAGGAUCCCUGAAAAGACACAAGAGGAUCCACUCUGGAGUGAAACCUUACAAGAACAGUUUUCUGAAGAACUGCUUUAUGGAUUAAAUUAACUAAUUUAAUAAUUGAUGAUCUAUACAACAGAAAUGAAUCAACACUGAACUGACUACAGCUGAACAAUGAUAAUAUUUUCUUUUUCAGGCUAUAUAAAUAUAGGUGACUUGACUCAUAAUAGUGGCUGUAAUAAUCGUCUACAACUAAUACAGACUCUCCUGUUGUUAGAGGGUAUAUCCGAGUAUAUCCUAAUAUAUCCGAAGUGAGAUCCUGCCAGGAGCCUUUGGGCAGUACUGUCAUUCUCAUUGGGUGCUUCUCAAUCAGAUCCAGAGCUUGUGAAUCAGUAUAUCACGUACACUAAUCUAAGCUCGUCUGCCUGUUCCUGUCAUUAGCAGCAACUCUUCACAAUGUUCUUCAUCAUCAUCAUCAUCAUCAUGUUCAUUGGUGUGUUCAGCUGUGAAUGUGAGUCAUGUGACUCUCUCCUGGUACAAAGGAAACAGUUUAUUGUCCAGCAUCAGUGUGUCUGAUCUCAGCAUCAGUCUCUCUCUACCUCUGGAGGUGGAAUAUCAGGAUAAAAACACCUACAGCUGUGUGCUGAACAAUCCCAUCAGCCACCAGACUCAACAUCUGGACAUCACUCAACUCUGUCACACAUGUUCAGACUCUGUCCACUGUUGUGGUCCUACUGAAGCUGUGAUCCGAUUGGUCCUCUCUGCUCUGGUGGGCGUGGCUACUGUCAUUAUUCUGGUUUAUGACAUCAGAUCCAGAAGAGCUGAACAAGAUCAAGCACAGAUUCACACAUCAGGAAGUGCUUAAAUCUAAAGCAGAACGCUGAACUUUAAAGAUUCUUCAAGUGUGUUUUUGUCAUUAUAAAUACUGAUGAUUAUUUGAGCUUCUCUCUCUUUCAGUGUCAGAUUUUUAAAACUCUUAUUUGUAAGUCUUUGUUUAUAUUUCUCUCUGAUACAAAUAAAUAAAUGAAUGGAGACAGUUCUCGCUUACUGCUGUAUAUUUGUCAUAUGUAUUUGCUUGUCUUUAUCAAUAAAGUUUUCUCACUCUAAA